ACAAGUUGACCCUCAAAUCCAAAUUUAUUUUACAUCCUCAAAUCCAAAUCCCAAUCUCUCUUUCUCUAUAUCUAUAUUCUGUAUCUAUCUAUUUAUUUAGGGUUUCAUUAUGCAACCAUCGACAGCCGCGGCUAUGGAUCCACGCUACCAACAACAACAACAAUGGAUGAUGAAUCAACAACCACCACAACAAUUCCCACAACAACCGCCGCAACAAAUGUAUACAUAUAACCAACCACCACCGGCUGCCGCCGCUAUUCCGCCACAGUACACCGUACCUCCACCGUCUGCUGUCGGUCCGAAUCAUCAACCGGCUACAGCAGAUGAGAUCCGUACGUUGUGGAUCGGUGAUUUGCAGUAUUGGAUGGAUGAACAGUAUCUUGUUAGCUGCUUUUCACAAUCUGGCGAGGUGAUUUCAGCAAAAGUUAUCCGUAACAAGCAAACUGGACAAUCCGAAAGUUAUGGUUUCAUUGAGUUCAAUAGUAGGGCUGCUGCAGAAAGGCAUCUACAGACAUAUAAUGGGACUCUUAUGCCUAACGUUGAGCAGAACUUCAGACUGAACUGGGCUUCUUUUGGUGUUGGGGAAAAACGUGCAGAUGGUGCUCCGGAUUUUACCAUCUUCGUUGGGGAUUUGGCAGCUGACGUUACAGAUUAUACAUUGCAGGAGACAUUUAGAGCUCAUUAUCCAUCUGUAAAGAGCGCAAAAGUUGUAACUGAUCGAAUGACUGGACGCACUAAAGGUUAUGGAUUUGUCAAGUUUGGUGACGAGACUGAACAACUUCGUGCUAUGACCGAGAUGAAUGGAAGACUAUGCUCAACCAGACCAAUGCGUAUUGGGCCCGCGGCUAACAAAAAUACUACUGCUGGACAACAGUAUACAAAAGCUUCAUACCAGAAUACUCAGGGAACACAAAAUGAGGAGGACCCAACUAAUACUACCGUAUUUGUCGGCGGCUUGGACCCUAAUGUUUCAGAUGACCAUCUUAAGCAAAUAUUUAGCCAGUAUGGGCAAUUAGUCCAUGUGAAGAUUCCCGUGGGCAAGCGGUGUGGAUUUGUUCAGUUUGUUGAUAGAAGCUGUGCUGAAGAAGCAUUGAGAAUGCUACAAGGAACUCAGAUAGGUGGACAGACUGUACGUCUUUCAUGGGGUCGUAGUCCUUCAAAUAAACAGCCUCAGGUAGAGCAGAGCCAGUACAAUGGUGGUGGAUACUAUGGAUAUGGACAGGGAUAUGAGACUUACGGGUAUGCUCCAGUUGCACAAGAUCCUGCUAUGUAUUAUGGAGGCUAUCCUGGAUACGGUGGUUACCCACAAGUCCAACCGCAACCACAGCCACAGCCGCAGCAGCAUCAGUGACAUGCAUAUGCAUGGUUCGUGAUUGGUUGGGCAUGCCGUAAACUAGAAGACGGAUGCAUAUUGUUGUAGGCAAAUGAAAAAGGAUCGAUCAAGUAAUGGAGUUGCUAUUACUUUAUAGUAAUUAUCAACUUUGCUAGGCAGUUAUUUUUCAUUUAACUUUGCUUUGAGAUGUUUAUGUAAUCAUUUAGGGGUCUUUUUGCGAUGCUAUUUUUCGUUAACGAUUGUUUGGUCAACUAUUGACUAUUGCUUUGUUUUAGUGUUUUAUUUGCUCUGA